GUCCUCUCCGGACUCAGUGCAGCCACCACGACACCCCGUGACGGGCGUGACGCUCAGUGACGCCGGCGAAACCCAGUGACGGUGGUGACGCCGGGUCGGUGACGUCAGUGGCACCCCAGACGGCGUUGGAGCGGUCGCCUAGCCAGCCCACUCACGGUCGUGACUCGCGGCGCGGAAGGCUCGCCGCUCGUGAUGUGAGGCCGAGCGGAGCUGUGAGGUCGUGAAGCGGAGCCGUGAGGUCGUGAAGCGGAGCCGUGAGGUCGCGAAGCGGACGGCGAUGGCGGCCCCGGCCGCAGUGUGGACUCGGAUGUUGGCGGUCGCAGCUCUGCUCGGACACGCACUCGGCGCCUCCAACGUGCACAUCUCUCACGUGCGCAUGCCGUCGGUGGUGCUGAACGACUCGCUGCCCAGCGUCGUGCUCGACUGCGAGUACGAGCUGGACGCGGCCGACCGAGCCGCCGCCGGCCUGGUGGUCAAGUGGUACCACAACCGCAGCCCGGCGCCCGUCUACCAGUGGAUCCCCGGCUACCCGCCGCAGGCGUUCGGCCUGCUCCGAGGUCACGUCAACCUGGGUCACGUGGUCAGCGAUGACCCGCUGAAGGUGCACCGCGCCGUGCAGAUCGUGCGGCCAACGACGGCUAUGUCGGGCGAGUACACGUGCCGCGUGACCACGUGGCAGGGCGUCGACUCGGCCACCAAGAAGAUGGUCAUCUACGCGCCGGCGCGAGGGAUGAACCUGAGCAGCAGCAAGCCUGCCCGGCACAAGGUCAACAUCACCUGCCUCGUCCAGGGAGUGUACCCGGAGCCGGCGGUCGACCUGUUCGUUGGCAGCUCACACAGCGACAGGCGGCAGAUGCGCGGCCUUCGCGUGGAAAAAUCGUGGAAGGACGGCGCCUACACAGUGCGCGUAGAGAAGCUGGAGGAGGACCGCCACCUGCCGCCAGAGGCCGUGAUCGAGUGCGUGCUCACGCUGCCCGACACGGACUACCGGCGUAGUCGGCGCAUCAUGUACUUCCACGGCACCGCACCUCAGUCGCUUGCGUCCGUGUUUGGAGAACCGGCGCAAUCAGAUCUGGCAAGGAUGCGGAUAAGUGCGGGCGCCGCUCAACCAGUGGCCGUGUGGAUGCUGACAUGCUUCAGCGUCCUCUUAAAUAUCGGCCUCCACCUGCGACUGCCGACAUAGGAAGAUGGCGGGUGAGGAUUCAUCAUCAAGCAGAUCUAGUCAGUGCGCGCGGUGAUGACUACGACGAUCAUCAUGCAUUUGGUCCACAGUGUCAUCACGAGUGAUAUGGAGCCUAUAGGCCCAAGUGAAACUUAUAGACACCCUUUAUAUAGCAUGUAGUAGCUGGACCCUAGCGUCUAUGCAUAAAACAUGAGUAUAUAUAUAUAUAUAUAUAUAUAUAUAUAUAUAUCCCCGGCAGUGUUGGUUUCGUUCUGGGAAUUGCGCCGUUAUUAUGCGAACUGAACCGCAGGAAUAUGACGUGUGAGCUGUAAUCGAAAUGCCAGACGUUGAUUAGAAGUCUCUGCAGAUUAUUGUUCUGCUGAAAUGGCUAGAAUAAGUAGACAGCUAGACACAUUAAAGUAUAUCCAGGGAUCUUUGUAACAUGCAGAUUUUCAUACAUGUGAUGUGUCAUGUAAUAUACAUACUCCGCACCUGCA